AAGUUUGGCGUGUAUGGAAAGAGAGCGCGCUAAAGGAUGGUGAAAAUCGGAACCUUUUUUGACCCCGUGGUAUGGCAGACGUGGAAUAAACAGCAGACAUGGAGACAAGCCAGAUCCUCCCUGAUGUGGAGUCUAGUCAACCUCUGCCUGGCUGUUCUGAUGUACCUAGAACUAACCAUAUUUGCUGUGAGGGCCCAUUUUGACUUGAAAACACACAUACUUUGGUAUAUAGAAUGUGGAGUAGCCCUGUUGCUGUUGCUAAACACGGUGUUCCAUUUCUGUCUGUAUCUACGACCUUACGUAUCCUCCACCUCCGUGGACAUGACCCCCGCACAGAAAAAGCUACUCGCCAUCAAAGACACAGAUCAUGGAUUCAAGGUGUCCCCCAGGAAGUCGCCAGAGUCCCCCUCCAGUGAGAGAAGCCUGGUGUUCUCGGUGACCGCCCCCUCCCCCCAAUCCAGCCCAUCCAGCGGGAGACUGACCCCCACCAAUCUGGGGGCCGGGGCCAUCAACUACAGCAGUCAUUCCAUCAACCCGUCCCCCUACUCCUCCCCAGGGGGAUCCCCAGGUGGAAACAUUGGAACCUCCUUCUCCCAGUUUUCUCCAAGCAUGUACAGUCCAAACUUAUCGGGAUACAGUCCCAAUGUGUCUGGUUACAGUCCUCAACUAGCAGGAUAUGGUCCAAACCUAUCCGGACAUGCCCUGAAUUUAUCAGGCUAUAGUUCCAAUCUAUCUGGAUACAGCCCAAACUUAUCCACUUACAGUCCCAAUAUGUCCGGAUACAAUCCAAACAUAUCCAGCUUUAGUCCAGGAACAGUGUACACGCCAAGUCCUAAUGUAUCUGGAUUUUCUCCCUAUGUGACAGGGUAUUCUCCAAACCUAUCUGGAUUCCCAUCUGGAUCUCCAGGAAUGACACAGACAGGAAUGGCAGACACCAGUGGGCUCAGAUCCAGACACACAUUGUCGCAAACCAUGAAAAAUGCUGCAGCCUCCUCGUCGUUUGAUAGAAUCACUGACCUUCACUCACUGAGCAAGUACCUGCGAGAACAGGACGAGAAAGAGUAUAUCAAGUCAGCUCUCAGUUCCCCAGAAAAUUCUGGUGGAUCUUCGUUUUGGAACUAUGGGAGAACGGCCAUGGAUUACACUCACGUCCUGAAAAAAUAUGUGUACCAGCUGGCGAGUCGAUCGCCUCACUCCCUCACCACUACCAACAACGACAACGACCAAUCAAAUUCCUACAACGGGGAAGACGUGUGGACUAAAAGAGGAGUGACAGAGGACGACCUCUUUUUGUGGGUCGAGCGGCUCAGAAAGUGGAUAUGUUUGACCAUUGUAUCACCCCUACGUAAGGAGAUUGAAGAAGUGAAUGCUGGAUUACGUAGAAUUGGGUCAGAGGAAACCGAAAUUGGAGAGGUGGGGGUCUCGACAUUGAAGCAGCUGGCUCUGACGAAGGGCCCCUAUGUACCCACCCUCAAUGCCGUGGUGCCUUAUCUGGAUUUCUCCUCAAACCAGGAGUAUCUAGUCAAGAGAAUUAAAGACUUAGGGAAGGAUGGAUGCAUGGGAGAGUUUUGCUGGAACUCUGGGGGAGACUAUGGCAAGGAAUGGGGGGAGCACCUGCCCUCGGAUGCUGCAGUAUGUCUCUUCUGA